AUGUCUUGGCCCCUUUCCCUUAAAACGGAAGAAGUGUUUAGCAUUAAAAAGGAGCUGAUAGGAAGUGAGGGCUCGGAGGUUUAUUCUGCCCCUUCGGUAAUCGGUUCACUUGGCCUUGCCCUUGAUAACUCUUGUAUGCUUAUGUGCUGUUUAAAAAGCACGAUUUGCGACGAAAAGGGACUUCUUGCCCACGAGACAAAAUGCAAAACUAACGCCUUGAGCCUAGUUCAUGCUGGGAGAGGAAUUAAGUGUGAAAUGCAGUGUGUUUUCUUUUUGUAUAGUAAUUUUGAGUGUGAAUUGAGGGAUGCCUAUGGAUUUGCGGUAAGACCGCAGCAUGUACAAAGAUACAGAGAAUAUGCUAAUAUCUACAAGGAGGAAGAGGAGGAAAGAUCGGAUAGAUGGCAAACCUUCUUGGAACAGCAAGUUGACUCUGCUCAAUUGCUGAUGAAUGGGAUAUCUUCUGAGAAAGAUAACAAAGAAUUGCAUGCUGAAGCAACGGAGCAAGAGACCAGAGAUGGCUUACAGAAGGGCAUUGAAGGAGAUGAUAAAAGUGGUGAGAAACCUAUUUCCGGUGUUUUACUGGAAGAUGUUACAGAAAAGGAGGAGAAACAGUCUUCAACCAAUAAAAAAAUUCAUAGGAUCCAAAUAUGGACUGAGAUCAGACCAUCCCUUCAUGCCAUUGAGGAUAUGAUGAGUCUUCGUGUCAAGAAGAAAGACAAUCAAUUAAAAGACCAACAAGAGACUAAAAGAGAUAGGAUGGUGCCUACUUUUGUAGAUGCUAAAUCACCAAAAGGAGCAUCUGAAGAGGAUUCUGAAGAUGAGUUUUAUGAUGUGGAGAGAUCAGAUCUAAGUCAAGAUGCUCCUCCCAGUGACAGUGCUAGUACCCCUGCCACAGGUACUGCUGCUGAUGCGCUGCCUCUAGAAUCUUCAUUUCCUUGGAAAGAAGAGCUGGAUGUCCUUGUACGUGGGGGAGUCCCAAUGGCACUCAGGGGAGAGCUCUGGCAAGCAUUUGCGGGUGUAAGGGCACGCCGAGUGGAAAAGUAUUACCAGGAUCUGCUUGCCUUGGAAACUAAUUCCAGAAAUCUUGUAGACCAACAGUCAGACAGUGAUACUAAGGGUUCAACUAUAGAUACUGUUUGUGUACCAGAGAAAUGGAAAGGCCAGAUUGAGAAGGAUUUGCCUAGAACUUUCCCAGGUCAUCCUGCUUUGGACAAUGAUGGUAGAAAUGCUCUGAGGCGAUUGCUGACAGCAUAUGCUCGACACAACCCCUCCGUUGGGUACUGUCAGAUCAAUAUUGACAUUGUCGUGCUUCAAAAUUUUGGUUUAAUUCCCAGGACAUUGAUGGGUAUCAUUGAUGACUAUUUUGAUGGGUAUUACUCAGAGGAAAUGAUAGAGUCACAGGUUGACCAACUUGUUUUUGAGGAGCUGGUACGCGAAAGGUUUCCUAAAUUGGUCAAUCAUCUUGAUUACCUGGGAGUGCAGGUUGCUUGGGUUACGGGUCCAUGGUUCCUUUCCAUAUUCAUGAAUAUGCUUCCGUGGGAAAGUGUUCUCCGAGUCUGGGAUGUCCUCCUUUAUGAAGGAAACCGUGUCAUGCUAUUUAGGACAGCACUUGCUUUGAUGGAGUUAUAUGGCCCUGCAUUAGUUACCACUAAGGAUGCAGGAGAUGCAGUUACUUUGCUACAGUCACUGGCAGGCUCUACAUUUGAUAGCAGUCAACUUGUCUUCACAGCCUGCAUGGGUUACCAAAAUGUAAAUGAAACUAGAUUACAAGAGCUGAGAAAUAAGCAUCGACGAGCUGUUAUAACUACAGUUGAGGAAAGAACAAAGGGGCUUCAAGCUUGGAGGGAUUCUCAGGGUCUGGCAACUAAGCUAUAUAAUUUUAACCAUGAUCCUAAGUCAAUACUGAUGGGAACAAAUAAACAGACUACUGGUGAAUUGUCUCGUUCAGAGUCUGGAUCCACUAAUGCAGACGAAGUUCUUAUUAGUUUGACAGGGGAUGCAGAAAUAGAUAGUGUUCCAGAUCUUCAAGAUCAGUAUCCCCUUGGGUAG